AUGUCCAAGCCCGAUGUUGCUGAGAAGGGUGACGAACGUCAGGUACCUGUUGCCUGCCAACCUGCUUACCUGCCUGCCAACCUCAUGUGCGCCAAUGUGCAAGCAGGUCACGGGAUCAACCAGAAAAAGCCUAGCGCCGAGAUUGUGAUUCUGUUUCCUACUGCCCACUGCAGCAUCAUGUCACAGGCUGCGCCUUCAGGAAUGAGCAACCGCAGCGAGCACCGAAGAGCAGGAGAUGCACAGGGUCAGUCGGCCGUAACGAACAAGGGAACAAAUCCUCUAGCCACCAAAGUAUCAGCUGUCUUGUCUACGUCAUACUCUGAUGCAGAAUUUCGUGGCACAUUGGCUCUGAUAGAUCAACGCGGCAUAAGAAACGAUGGGAAAACACGGCGAAGACUCCGAUUAGAACUGCAAAAAGAUGUCAUUGAGAAGAAUGGCCGGAUAUUGGAUGAUUUUAGUACUGUAUCAGAGCAAUUGAGACGUAUCAAAACGAUACUUGAUAAACUCAAUACCGAUUAUUCCGAGAUGAAGCGCAUGGUAGCUGCAGCACACAGCGAAAUGGAGCCGUCACUUGCAGAAGCAUCGGCUCUGCUUGAGAAGCGAAGAAACACUGAAAGGCGACGGCACCUGCUACAAGCUCUACGUGAUCGAUUCGUUUUAUCCGAAGAUGAAGAAUUGGCGCUUACCUCAACUGUCGAGCCUGUAAAUGAUGCUUUCUUUGCCGCCCUUGCGAAGGCCAAAAAGAUCACUCAAGAUUGUGAAGUACUCCUCGGUUUUGAAAGGCAGACCUUGGCUUCUGAGAUUAUGGAGAAGGCAUCACAGAAUAUUGGAUUUGCCUACCAAAAGCUGUACAAGUGGGUUCAGCGAGAAUUCAAGAUCCUUGAUCUCGAAAACCCCCAAAUGAACGCUACCAUGAGAAAGUCUCUCACAGUGUUGGCCGCCCGACCCUCGUUGUUUCAAAAUUGCCUCGACUUCUUUGCAGACGCAAGACAGCAUAUCUUGUCUGGCUCGUUCUUUAAUGCUCUGACUGGGGAUAGCGCCAGUGAAGGUUCUGCUGCUGUCAAACCGAUCGACAUGAUUGCACAUGAUCCUCUCCGCUAUGUCGGCGAUAUGCUAGCAUGGAUUCACUCGGCCGCAGUCAGCGAAAGAGAAGUUCUGGAAGUUCUUUUUAUUGCCGACGGCGAGGAAAUCGUCAAAGGUAUCAACAGCGGCCGAGACGCUGAGUUGUGGCGCAUCAUUUCGGAUGGUGAAGACGAGGAAUUCAACACAUUAAAUGCAUUAAACAACCUAACCGACAGAGACGUGUCUGGCGCAGCUCGUAUACUUCGACAACGAGUAGAGCAAGUCAUCCAAGCUAACGAGGAUCCGAUCUUGGCAUACAAGCUAGCAAAUCUUCUCAAAUUCUACGGCAUCAUGCUCCUCAAAUUACUCGGACCAGACUGCCGUCUUCUAGACUCCGUUCACAGCAUGGAAAAGGAGGCCAUGAGACAAUUUAGGGCUUUACUCCGAGAACACAUUUCUGCUGUUCGAGCCGAACCCCAAACUAUUCCCUCUGAUCUAAGCCCGCCAGUGUUCCUGCAGGAUGCCCUCAAGCAGGUUCAAGUCAUGCUGAGCACCUACGAAACAUCUCUGUCAAGUACUGAGAGCGGGGAAGCCGGGCUCGAAGAAGUCCUGACUGAGGCGAUAGACCCCUUUAUUCUCGACAGUGAAGCUUUAGCAAGGUCUUUGCCACUCCCACGCAGUUCUAUAUACCUGAUCAACUGUCGCCUGGCUGUUUCGAAUUAUUUCAAGCAAAGCAACUUGACGAGCAAACGGGGAGAGCAGAUCAGAACAUCCAUCAAUGGAGAGGCAGCAGUCCUUACAGACUCUCAAUUGGAUUUCUUCCAUCAAGGUUCAGGCCUGUCUGAUGUAAUAGCGACGAUAAAGCAACGCGGACAUUAUGACGUCGACUUCAUUACAGCCAGCAAGCUUUCUGCUUCGAGCAGUGAAUUGGAUCACUUUCUGCCAUCAGCAUAUAUUGAUGCACUGGAGCGUCUCGGCGAGCUGCAGGACUUGGGUAUUGCGCGAAAAAUAACAGAUGAAGCUGCUGAGCGCUUUUGCACAGACUUUGAGCUACUGGAGAAGUAUAUUGACGGACUGUGUGCAAGCCAGGGGGACAGCGAUGGAAAUGGCAGUUUCCGAGCCGUGUUCCCGCGCACAGCAAGUGAGAUUCGGCGCACAAGCACGGGACGUGCCUGGGCACAACAAGAAACGAAUCCGGGUCGGGUAGGUUUAGGUUUUGACAACACUCUCCGCGGCACCAGGACUGGCUCCCAAUACCACGAUCCGGCAUUCUUCUUCAAAGCUACCAUCGCGCAACCCUCGCCAGCCCGGAGCAUAGCCAACGCUCAUAUCGACUACUAUGUGCAUAACACCUUUGCAAUGUUGCGCAACCGAGUAUUUACCGCUCUGCAGAAGACGUACGAUGAAAGCUACUUGAGCUGCUCCACAGCAGUCUACUACGAGAGUCAGGGAGACGAAACCGAGGCUCUGAGGCACUGGCGCAAUGCCAUCGCCCUAAUAUACGAACAUAACGCAACCAAAGCGAUUCCAGGCUAUGGACCUCAGACUGAUACCGAGAAGGCGCUUGUCGAUGCUUUGAAGGAAUUAGAACUCCAAUGCAAGGAGAGGCUCGAUCUUUUGGAGGCGCUAAAGGCGUCCAGGGAAGACGAAACCAGCUCUGAUACGGGCGGCAAAACUUCCAAAACGCCCAGCCCAUUUGAUUCACCCACACGAUCAAAGGGCUCGAUCGGAAGUGGUACAAUCCCCGCGGUUACAUACUCUCAACUAUCACGUCCUGUUCUUCCGCCACGGCCACCGCUACCCAUUCGCACAUUGUCGGAGAUCCCGCAGUCUGGAGAAAGCUCACAUGCCAGCGAUGCCAUAUUUCACACCCGGUCCGGUUCUAGACCACCAGCUCUGAGCGUGCCGCCAAAAUCCGAUCGAGCAUAUCGAUCACCCAGCCCCGAAAAACACACAAUGCGCACGACCCUUCGCUCUUCCAAAUUUGGCGAAAAGGGGUCAGCACCUUCACGGAAAUCAGCGCGGCCGGUAGCUGAGGGGUCAAGCAAGGCGGCAACCCUAGCCUGGAGCGCUCUUGGAUCGCGAGAGCGUCUUCAGCGCACACCGCCUGCUGAGAACAUGUCUUCGACAUCCACGAACAACUCUAAAAAGGUCGCAGAGCAUCUUUUCAAAAAAAGAUCAACGUCGACACAAUGGGACAGCCACUCCAGAAGACUCGUUCAGCCAAAGGAUAUAGAUGGUAGUACAAAUGGUCAAUCGACCGGCGCGCGGCACUCUGACGAAUACCCGUACACGAACCCAUCUUUCCUAUCUGUGAGCGCAGCGUCUAGUGCACUUAGCUCAACAGCCCAGCUGGAAUCGCAACCAACGGAAAGUACUUCAGCUCGUCUGGAGCGUCACCAGCCUUCUCGUCCUUUAGUCAGGCAGCAGAAACAGGAGCAUUUUAACGGAUCGAGAACGGCAGAUGAGUCUGGAGAGUGGUCAGACAGACGCAGCGCAUCUGGUGCUCCGAUGCGAAGAAAAGUAGUGACAAGACAACCCGGUGCCAGUGCAGCAACGCAAAGCACGAUCAAACCGGAACAAACAACCCGACAUCGCCGGCGGGAUCGACCCAAGACGAGGCAUGCAUCUGUAUCCAGUAUUUCGGGGGAUGAUGCAGAAGGUCACAAUGUGAAAUCAAACAAUAACACCUCUGCCAAUCGUGGCAUUGCCCUGCGUCCAGGUGCUACUACUAAUAACUCGAGACCUUCAAAACGCAAUGAAGACAAAAAGAAACCAGUGGAGGUUGACAACUCAAGCGAAACGUCGGAAGAAACCGAGGAGAGCAUCGCCGAGAAGGCAUGGAAAAGGAAGAAGGCAUCAAUUUUAAGAAAUCUUCCCCUUGGUGUCGACGAGGGCGCAGCCAAGCAGAUUCUGAAUGACAUUGUCAUUAAAGGCGAUGAAGUACGUUGGGGCGACAUUGCCGGGCUCGAAAUUGCAAAGAACGCGCUGAGAGAGACUGUCGUUUACCCAUUCCUGCGUCCUGAUCUGUUCAUGGGUCUACGAGAACCAGCUCGAGGUAUGCUUCUAUUUGGGCCGCCAGGAACAGGUAAAACUAUGCUGGCCAGGGCGGUGGCUACCGAAUCGCGAUCUACAUUUUUCUCCAUUUCAGCAAGCAGUUUAACGAGCAAGUAUUUGGGAGAGUCAGAGAAGCUGGUUCGAGCUUUAUUUGGUCUAGCACGCUCUCUGGCGCCAAGUAUCAUCUUCGUGGAUGAAAUCGACUCUCUCCUUUCCCAACGGUCCGGCUCGGGUGAGCACGAGGCGACCCGUCGCAUUAAGACUGAAUUUCUUAUUCAGUGGAGCGACCUUCAAAGAGCCGCAGCUGGACGUGAAACGACAGAGCGGGACAAAGAGCGCGGUGAUGCAAACCGUGUACUCGUCUUGGCUGCAACUAACUUGCCAUGGGCUAUUGAUGAGGCGGCGAGGCGGCGCUUCGUCAGGAGACAAUACAUCCCCUUGCCGGAGCCAACUACAAGAGAAACACAAAUACGCACACUCUUAGGCCAACAGAAACAUAGCCUGUCACCUGGCGACGUCCAGAGAUUGGUGGGCCUGACUAAUGACAUCACAGCACUGGCAAAGGAUGCGGCAAUGGGGCCACUAAGGUCUCUCGGCGAGGCCUUGCUCCAUAUGACCAUGGACGAAAUUCGGCCGAUUGGCCUGGUAGACUUCGAAGCAAGUCUCGGUACUAUUAGACCUAGUGUAAGCAAGUCCGGUUUAAAAGAGUAUGAGGAUUGGGCACAGGAGUUUGGGGAGCGCGGCGGCUAG